AUGCCAAAUAAUGGUGUUCCCAUUUCAAAAUUGGAAUACUCCAAGGCUAUUGGUAGCUUGAUGUAUGUCAUGACAAGUACCAUACCUGAUAUUGCUUUUGAUGUGGGCAAGUUGAGCGGGUACACUAGUAAUCCUAGUGCUCAACAUUGGCAAGAAGUGAAUAGAGUGUUUAAGUAUCUCAAAGGAACCAUUGAUUAUGGUUUGAGUUACUUAAGGUGUCCUUCAGUUUUAGAAGGUUAUUCAAAUGCAUGUUGGUUAACCAACAUGGAGGACUAUUCCUCAAAUUUUGGUUGGCUAUUAUUGUUUAGGGGAGGUUCCAUUUCUUGGGCUUCCAAGAAGCAAUCUUGCAUUACAAACUCAACAAUGGAAUCUAAGCUUGUUGCGUUAUCAAUUGCUAGUAAAGAAGCAGAGUGGCUAAGGAAUUUAGUGUAUGGGAUUCCUUUGUGA